AUGAAGAUGAGUCGCGAGCGCGCCCGCUGCAUCCUCGAAUGGUGCUGCAACGUGCCGAAUCUCGAGGAGCGCGAAGAUCCGUUCGAGGGCGACGGGUUCGACGAGCGUGAGGCGGCAGCGCGGGCUCUUGCCGAUGAUGCCGACGAGAAUGAUGCCGACGUGGAGGCUGAUGAUGACGACGAAGAGAACGACGACGACGACGACGACGACGACGACGACGACGAUCUCGUGGAUCUCGAGGACCUGCCAGUCAUGGACCACCCUCCCAACUUGCCUCCUCGUCCACGCGGCCGCCUCGGCUUCUUUCGACCCGGCACACCCAUGUUUGGCUCCCCGGUCUCCGAUCCGGAUCGGCAAAGAGCCUCGCCCUCGUUGGCCGGCGAAGCCGCGGGCGCCGGCAGUGGGAUGCGUGGUCUAGCUUCCAAGAUCUUUGCGCUGUUGUUUCGCAAAAGAAAGGCAAGCAUGCCAGCCUCGCUGCCGGAUCCGGCACCUUUAGGCAACGUCGGGCAUGGCAUUCUCAUCAACCUUCUGGUCGUGGGUGCCAAAGAGGUCGGCCAGACGUGCUUGCUCUUGUGGGGACACGACUCGUACUCCUCAUCCGUCCGGGACGAUUGGCUAACCUUGCAAUGCCGGUACAGCCGAUACAUGAACGGGUACUUUCCAGACGAUACCUCCGGCGCGCCCGAUCUCAAGACGGUGGAGAGGCUCGGGUGCAUGAAGUGGCACGGCGUGUUCUUGUGCUUUGACGUGAGCAGCAAGGUGUCGAUGCUCAGCAUCCUGCAGUGGUGGAUGCACGCCCGCACUCGCGGUUUCACCAAGCAGCAGCAGGGCUUCGAUCCCGUCUUGCAGGUUGUGGGCUUGAAGAAGGACCUGCGUGAGGACACGAGGGUGAAGAAGUCUCUGGUCAAGCGAGGCGAGGCGGAAGCCAACGCCGACAAGAUCAACGCUCGGCUCUACAGCGAGUGCUCGGCCAAGACAGGUGACGAAGUCGAGAGCGUCGUCGAGGAGGCUGCUCGGGAAGCGACACGGCGCCUACUGGCUCGAUCAGCCCGGGCGGAGAGGACGGAGAGGGCCAAGAGGCGUGGCCAUCACAGCGGAUUGGCAACAACCGGUAGCGGCCCGCCGUAG